AAAACAGCAAGUUUAGGCAUGGCUCCCUCGGCCACCUUGCAUUCCUCUUAAUUGUAGAUACUCAAGUGGGAAAGUUCUUUAAGCUGAGGAAACCCACCAACAGAGCAAACAAUUUUAUUUUGUCCCACAAAACCACGAGACCGAGUAAGAGAACUCAAGUUGGGCAGUAUCUUUAGUGUUGUCAUGGCGACCACAUGUGACCAGCUUUUUCAGGUAGCUUAUAAUUUCAUCUUACCCUCAAUAUCAAUGUGUUACAGAAGGAUAACUCUCGACCAAACACUGAAAGCGAAAGACACAUAAUAUUCAAUACUGAAAGCAUGCAGAUAAUCAAGAAUAAAUCAAACACACAAACACUAAAGAUUUACCAUGGUUCACCCGUUAAUGAAGGCUACAUCCACGUUGAGCUCCGGCAAAAAAAGCUCACUCCACUAUCGGAUCAAAACGAUUACAACCUCGGUUUACACAGAUUAACUCUCAACCCUCACUGUACAAAAACGAUUCUCACCUUUUAAAUCGGCCCCAUAACCACAGAAACUAAAGGUCAGAGGCCAAACCCUAGAGAGAAAACAUACAUAAACUAUACAGAGAGAGAGAAGAAAAUACAGAGAAUAAACAGAUCAAACCAAGUAAGAGGAAGGUAAUCGAAGGCUGUGCGCGCUGCUGAUCUCGAGACCACUGUAGAAGAUAUAUAGAAGGAUGCAACGGUGGCGAUCGGGAUGAAUAAAAGCACAGCAGAGCAUCAACGAUCGGGCACACAGCAGGCAAUGCGACAAUGAAGUACGUCAAGCAAAAUGGCACAGCUGGUUGCCGUUUCAGCCAUCCACUCAGAGGCCCAAAACGCUACCGUUUUGGGCGGCUCUGAGGGUUGCUGAAAAGACCCUCCAGCCCCUAUGCCAAACGCAGCGAUAUUGAAGCUUCAUCAAAGUACAACAAUCUCCACCUUGAAGCUUCAGUAUGUAAGGGAUACAACAAUGGAGCAUGCUAGAACCUUUGCCAUCAUAGCUCUUGUUGGUUAUUCCUUCAACCAACCGUGACAUGCAGCAAACUUAGACAGUGUCUGAACUUGGCUGCAGUUACAAUUUUUGUACCCAUAUUAGCUGGGUUAUUUUCUGUAGGGACCUUUUGGAUAAAUACCUUUCUCUUGGCGACUUGGUCCCUUACAUAAUGGUAUUUUACAUCUACAUGUUUUGUCCUUUCAUGGUAAACAGGAUUCUUACAUAAAUGUAUAGCACUUUGGCUAUCUGAAAAAACGGUCACCUUACCUUGUAACAUCUGGAUUUUUGUAAGGAUACCUUGAAGCCAAAUGGCUUCCUUGAAGGCGUCAGUUACAACAACAUACUCAGCCUCAGUAAAGGACAGGGCCACCAGCGGCUGUAAUUGAGACUUCCAACUUAUACAGUUACCACUUAGGGUAAAGUAAUGGGCUGUAGUAGACUUCCUAGAGUCUCGGUCACCUGCAAAAUCAGAGUCUACAAAACCUACCAAAUCAAGAGUAUCAGUUCUUUUCAUGUAAUUCAAGCCAACAUUUAAGGAACCAUUAAUAUACCUCAGUAAAAAUUUUAGGGCUUCCCAAUGAGGCUUCCCAGGGUUAGACAUAUAUCUACUAAGUAAAGAGAUUGAAAAAGCAAGGUCUGGCCUAGUACUGAUCAUGGAAUACAUGAUGGUUCCAAUUACAUUUGCAUAAGGAAUGGAUUCCAUUUUUAACCUUUCAGAAUCUGAUGUUGGACACUGGGCUUUAGACAAAAUGAAGUGAUGUCCUAAGGGUGUAUUAACUGGUUUGCAAUUUGACAUUCCAAAUUUCUGUACAGCCUUUAAUAAAUAAUCAUGUUGGUGAAUCUUUAGACAACUUUUACUUCUAUUUCUCUCAAUUACCAUCCAUAAAACUUUCCUGACAGGUCCUAAAUUUUUCAUAUCAAAGUUUGUGUUCAACAUUGAUUUAAGUUCAUUAAUCUUAGAUUUAGAUUUGCUAAUCAAUAAAAUGUCAUCAACAUACAGUAGCAAAUAUACGGGUAUAUCAGAGUGAAUGUAGUAAAGGCAAUUAUCAUAUUCACUUCUCACAAAACCAAUCCCAAUUACGAAAUUAUCAAAUUUCUUAUACCAUUGGCGUGGGGAUUGUUUUAAACCAUACAAAGACUUUUUUAGCAAACAAACAAAAUCUGGAUGGUUUUUAUUAACAUAACCAACUGGCUAUUCCAUAUAGAUGAUCUCUUCUAAAUCUCCAUGUAAGAAGGCAGUUUUAACAUCAAGCUGUUCUAAUUCUAGAUCAUAUUGAACUACUAUAGCAAGCAUUAAACGAAUGGUUUUAAACUUGACAACAUGUGAAAAAAUUUCAGUAUAAUCAAUGCCUUCCCUCUGAGUAAAACCUUUCGCAACUAAUCUAGCUUUAAAUCUAAGGGGAUCAGAGGGUAACAUCCCUUCUUUGAUUUUGAACAGCCACUUACACUUCACUAGCUUUUGUUUCUGAGGUCUUGGGACCAGUUCCCAAGUGUUGUUGGUUAUUAAGGAUGCCAUUUCUUCAUCCAUAGCACACUGCCACUUAAAGCUAUCUUGAGAGCUGAUAGCCUCCUCAUCAGAGGUAGGCUCAUUGCCUCUCAAAUCCAUGCCUGCCACCAAGGCACAAUAAACAAAGUCUGAAUAGGCAUACCUAGAAGGGGGUCUGACUGACCUCCUACUCCUAUCUCGAGCCAACUGAUAGUCCCUCAAGUUUUGCUGGGGGGAGUCAUGAUGCUCCACCUCAGCCUCAGGGACUUCAGUGGGUUCCUCCUGAUCACUUUCAUGAUCAGAUGAUGAGUCACUACUGGGGUUGGGAUUAACAGGGGUUGAGACAGCUGGCACCUCAGGCAUUUCUGAUGGCAGCUCCACCUGAAAGUGGGUAUUAGAUCCUAUCACAAAGUCUUCUGUGAUACUGAGUUUAGGUUCAGUUUCUGUAUUCUCUAAUUUGCAAGGGAAAACAUUUUCAUUAAAUAUAACAUCCCUGCUUAUGAUUAUUUUAAUUCCUCCAGAACUCUUGUCCCAUAGCCUAUAGCCUUUAGUUCCUUCUUGAUAUCCUACAAAGACAUACUUUGAGGACCGAGGAUCUAGCUUUCCUAUUGAUUGAUGGACGUAAGCUUGACACCCAAAGACCUUUAAAUGAUUCAAAUUCAAUUUUCUGCCUAGCCAUUUUUCUUCAGGGCAUAUGAAAUUUAAAACAGUUGAAGGGCUCCUAUUGAUCAGAUAGGCGGCAAUGGACAGGGCUUCUCCCUAAAGGGUUUUAGGCAUACCAACAGUAAACAUUAGACACCUGACCUUCUCUAGGAGAGUCCUAUUCAUCCUUUCAGCUACCCCAUUUUGCUGGGGUGUGUUCCUAACAGUCUUGUGUCUGGUGAUGCCUUGAGAAUUACAGAAUUCAUCGAAAUCUCUAUUACAGAAUUCUAAUCCAUUGUCUGUUCUUAAAAAUUUAACCCUCUUAUCUAUCUGAUUUUCUACUAAGGUCUUCCAUACCUUAAAUUUUUCUAAGGUUUGGUCUUUAGUCCUAAGAGGAAAUACCCAAACUUUUCUAGCAUAAUCAUCAACAAUGGAUAAGAAAUACCUGUUGCCACCAAGAGUUGGUGUUUGAGAGGGACCCCACAGGUCUGCAUGCAAGUACUCUAGGCAUACCUUCGCCAGGUGAGUUCCUUUAUGGAAACUCUGCCUGUGUUGCUUGCCAAGGGUACAAGGCUCGCAAAAGUUUAGGGACUCUGCAGACACUAAAUCAAGAUAACCUUGAGAAGACAGUGCCUGCAGACUUUUCUGACUCAUGUGACUAAGUCUCAAAUGCCAGAGAUCUGUUUUAUCAGUUUGAACAGUACAUGCAGAUGAAACACGAUAAAAAGAACAACCAUUUAACACAUACAAGCCAUGCCUUUUGGUACCAGUUAAGAUUAGGUUAUUAUUUUUAAACACAUGCAUGAAACCAUUUUUAGCAGUAUAAGAAUAGCCUAAUUCAUCCAGAGUACCAAGAGAAAUUAAAUUUCGUUUUAGACCAGGCACAUAUCUGACCUUAGUGAGCAUUCUGACUUUGUUAUCAUGCAUUUUAAGGGUUAUGUCUCCUAUUCCUUUUAUACUACAAGAUUGGUCAUUGCCCAUAUAAACAGUGCUAGAUUCUUUGUCACUAAAGUUUUGAAACCAUGUAAUAUUAGGACACAUGUGGAAAGAACACCCAGAGUCCAUAAUCCAUUCAUUAGCUACAGUUUCAUCAGAGACAGUCAAAACUUCAGCUAAGGUAUUUAAAUUACUUGCAGCUAUGGUUGCAUUACCUCCUUGUUUCUGUUUUCGUAAAAGGUCAUAGCAAUAUUUUUUAAUAUGUCCCUCUUUCCCACAAUGAUAGCAUUUCCACUUAGGUUUUUGUUUGCCCUUCUUUUCUUUAUUUUUACCCCUAUUCCCAGAACCCCCAGAUUGAUCUCCAUUACUCGAGUUGAUUUUCUUUUCUAAUUUGCCUUUUACAAAUAAGUUAUUAGCAAGCUUCUUGGAUGUAUUCAAUUCAAGUUCCCUAACUUUAAUUCCAGAUAUGACUAAAUCUAGACUAGGUACAAUUCCAGUAUAUUGAAGAGCAUGCUUGACUACAUUAUAUUCUUCUGACAAUGAGUUUAAAAGAAUCAUAGCCUCACUGGUAUCACCCAGGGCUUGAUCUGUUCCUCUUAGUAAUAGAGUAAGCUUGGUGAACUCAUCUAUGUUUUCAUCCAUAGAUUUAGAAAAAUUCAUUUUAAAAUUGAAUAACAUUCCUUUUAAAUAAACUAAAUUAGGAGCAGAUAAAACAGAAUAUAAUGAUUCCAAUUUGUUCCACAGUUCAAUAGGGGAAUUUAUGCCAUCAACUUUACGAAUAACACUAUCACCAAGGUGUAAGAAAAUAAGAUUAAAAGCUUCUUCUCUUACCUCAUUAGUUCUAGCCAACUGAUCUGCUGACCACUUUCUGUCGUCAGGCUCAAGUGCAAUAAGCACUUUGUGAUGAGAGAGCAGGACUCUCAUCUUCUUUUUCCAACUACCGAAGUCAUUUUUUCCGUCAAAUGUACUGAUAUCAUAUCGGGUUGAUGUCAUCUUCGCUUUGCACGAAGGAACCCUAAAACCCUAGACGCUGACAGAGACUCACACAGCAAACCCUUGACUGACAGAGACUCACAGCAAACCCUAGAGCCUUAGACCAAAACAAGUAAAAGAGAAAUAUGACUCGGAAGAUGAAAUAGCACAGGCUCCGAAAACCCUAACGGCGAAUACCAGAGAAAUGGCUCUGAUACCACUGUUACAAAAGGAUAACCCUCGACCAAACACUCAAAGCGAAAGACACAUAAUAUUCAAUACUGAAAGCAUGCAGAUAAUCAAGAAUAAAUUAAACACACAAAUAUCAAAGAUUUACCGUGGUUCACCCGUUAAUGAGGGCUACAUCCACGUUGAGCUCCGGCAAAGAAAGCUCACUCCACUAUCAAAUCAAAACGAUUACAACCUCGAUUUACACAGAUUAACUCUCACCCUCACUGUACAAAAACGAUUAUCACCUUUUAAAUCGGCCCCAUAAACACAGAAAUUAAAGGUCAGAGGCCAAACCCUAGAGAGAAAACAUACAUAAACUAUACAGAGAGAGAGAAGAAAAUACAGAGAAUAAACAGAUCAAACCAAGCAAGAGGAAGGUAAUCGGAGGCUGUGCGCGCUGCUGAUCUCGAGGCCACUGUAGAAGAUAUAUAGAAGGAUGCAACGGUGGCGAUCGGGAUGAAUAAAGGCACAACAGAGCAUCAACGAUCGGGCACACAGCAGGCAAUGCGACAAUGAAGUACGUCAAGCAAAACGGCACAGCUGAUUUCCGUUUCAGCCAUCCACUCAGAGGCCCAAAACGCUACCGUUUUGGGCGACUCUGAGGGUUGCUGAAAAGACCCUCCAGCCCCUAUGCCAAACGCAGCGAUAUUGAAGCUUCAUCAAAGUACAACACAAUGUUAUAUGAACUAAAGUUUUCUAGUGUCUGCAAUUUGCUCAAGUAUCUAUUCGUAACUUACCUUUCGUAUGCAAAUUACAAGGCAAAGGGAGAUAAAGAUGCGUCAAUUCUUCCAUUUUCCAUAGCACGUUUGGCACGCUAAUCCCAGCAUCUGUUCGCAAGUCAAGUGAGGGUCUGCAAACAUCUUACUUAGGUUGUCUAUUGUUGAUGGAAACUCUCUGAACUUAGUAUUUUUUAAACUCACAUAUCUCAAAAGGAUUAGAUUCCCUAUUUUUUAUUUUUUUGGCAGAUGUUGUCAAAUCUUACACGAACCUAGUGUUCUUUGAAAAUUUAGAACUCUCAACAGCUUGAAAUCCUUACAGAAACAAGUCAAGGGUAUGCAAACAUCUUAGGUUGCCUAUUAUUGAUGGCAAUUCUCUGACCUUAGUAUUUUUUAAACUCACAUAUCUCAAAAAUAUUAGAUUCCCUAUUUCUUUUGACAAAUGUUGCUAAGUCUUACAGAACCCAGUGUUCUCUGAAAAUUUAGAACUCUCAACAAUUUGAAAUCUUUACAGAAAUAAAUCAAUUCCAAGUCAACCCCUGCUUCCUAGAAGAAUUGAACUUGAUACAUAUCAAGGCCCAAUAACUUGGGCUAUCUCCAAAACAGUCUGCCCAAAUUUGGUCUUGGAUAAAGGUAGGCCUUUCGACCCAACUGCUGCUGGCCCAAGACCUAUAAACACUCCUCCAGCAGCUGCCAAAGUUCUCCUCCAAUGGGUGCCAGCUCAUUUUCAGUAAAGAGCAGGAAGUCAGGAAUCCAAUUUUCCAACCUCUCUCAUUAAUCCAUCUCUCAUCUUCCCAUGCUACUAAGGAGUUAUUGACCUAUAUUUCCCAUAAACUCACCGGAACAGUAGGUAUUUAAGCUACCUAAUGUCCUUAGGUGUCAGUUAUCAAUGUAAUCGUGAGCUUCUCUUCUAUACAAGGAAGACACUCAUUUACAGCUUUUGAAUUUUUGAAGAAUCCAAAUUAUUAAUCUAUAUCAAUCUUUUUUUUUAUCACUUCUUGUUUAAAUAUGAUGAAAUUUUUAACUCUUAUCUAAGUGUGGUUGUCUUGCAUUAUCAUUUAGUGACGAAUUGCUCAUUUCUUAUUUUCCCUCUUACUCGACUGCUCUAUUUUUAUUAUUCGACUAUUCACUUGUGUUAUUCAACUAUCUCGUUUUGUGCUACUCGGCUACUCGAACAUGAUUUAUUUUUCUAUCAGAACUGUUCUUAUGUCCCGAGUCCUCUUUUCUUGCCUAAGAAGCUGGAUCCUUAUAAAAUCAUCAAUAUCAUUCAAAUGGAUGGAGGGUCUACGUAUUGUACUACAACUGCUAGUUCUGCCUUUGUCCAACACCACUCUCGCACAAGGUCAUGGAGUUGACAAGAAUUAAACCUUCUACCUUUUAUGUUCAUUGGAUGAUCCUUCGCUAGCUUCACUUGAACCAUGUAUCUUUGUGCAAGUUCAGCUGAAUGACGAUCUGCCACGCCCAUCACAGUUUCUUCUCUACUUCUUUGGUCCUCUCUCGACACAGAUAUAAUACCUUCAGCUAUCCACAACUGAUAUAACUGCUCUACUUCUAUGUCAAAAUCCUUUGGAUACUGACCUAAAUACAGAAAACAUGUUUUCAAUUGAUAUGGCAAUUCUUGGUAGCUCAAUGUCAACACUUGUAACAACCUUUCAUAUUGUCCAUCUUCAUGACCUUGGGCUUUUAUAUGCUAGCCAAGUGAAAUUGGGUUACUAAAGAUAAGGUAUUAAAAAAAAUAUAUAAAGAAGUGCUACAGAUACCAGCUAGAAGAUGUUAUAAUACAAUUUACAUUCUAAAUAAAGAAAUCGUUAACUGAACAAUUAAUCUUACAGUCCAGAGGAUAAGAUAGGAUGAGAACCUUGGUGGUGGUAGCUAUAAGGAAUAUGGACCUACAAUGAAUUCAACCCAAAAUUAGCAAUUCAGUAUGUGGGGUUUUACUAGCCCUACCACUUUUGGGUCCUCCCCUAAAAAUAUGCCCAUUUACUGGUCCUAAUUGAUCCACAAACCCUAAGCAUCGAUCCUAAACCUCUUUGUUCAAAUAAAAUUUGAGACCCACAAAUUGUUCUCUCCCCAGUCCCAUCCUACAACCAAGAAUUUUCCAGAGAAAAAAAAGAGAGAGAGAGAGAAAAUCUUUAGUUUCCAGUUUUGUUCUUUCUGGGCCUCAGAAUUUUGUCGUCAUUUGCCAUAAUCCGAAGAGAUGAUACCAUGUUGGUUCCACCCAAUUACAUGGGGCUAGUGGGAGACUUUGACCUGAUUUUCCCGUUGCCAAACUCAGUUUCUCCAUGGCUUGCUUUCAAGUUUUCUUUUGAAGAUCAAGAGCAAAACAAAAUUGACCAAGAUCUACUUCGAGUUGGAAGACGGUUUCUUGCUUGUAUAGUUGACUCUUUCUGGCAAAAUGUCCAGUAUGAAAGGCCUGUUGAAAGGAUUGCGAUACAUAUCUCAAAUAUUUGAGAAUGAAAAAGAAGAAAUGGAGAUUGGGUUCCCUACAGAUGUAAAGCAUGUCGCACACAUUGGAAUGGAUGGCCCUUCCGCAAAUACACCUAGUUGGAUGACCCAGUUUAAAGGUAACCCAGAUGGCUCACCCAUGCCAUCAAAUAAUGAAGCCAAGGAUAAGCCUACACCCAACUCCUCCUCUGCCCAAGCCCCAAUGCCUCGAGACCGGACCCAAGCGCAUAAUUUAUCGGAUGCUCCAGCGGACUCUCCGACCCGGCGUGUGUCCAACAAAACAAGGCCAUCCAGAAGGCGCCACUCUUCAAGUGGGUCAAUUGGUUCCCCGACCCGAGACCCACUGGAUUCUCCGCCCAAAACAAAGCAAUCUAGCAAGCCUAGGCGGGCUAAGAAUUCAGGCGAAUUGGAUUCACCAGCCCGAGACCCGUCGACCCGGUCGGCAAGACAUGCCAGCGGUUCAACUCUCUCCUCGGACUCGGCAUCUCAAGACCCAUCCGGCAUCCCAAAGUCCCGGAGAAAGAAGUCCAAAGACACAUCUACUGGUGGCGGGUCGGGCAAAUCAUCUAGGCCCAAGGCCGUCGAUCCGUUGUCCGAAAGUUUUCCUUAUUCGGAUCCGGGACCCGAACAAUGAGAAGUGCGCCCAAAUGCAGUUCUGGUUCUGAAAGCAUACAUAUGAAGAAGGGAAUGAGUGUUAUUCUUUCAUUCAGGCUUUGUAAAUUAUUCUUUCUUUCUUUUUUUCUUUUUCUUUUUAUGUCAAAGUGUAACUCCUAAAAUAUAUUUUUUGAUUUCAUCUUCUUAAUAAUCAUAAUGUUCGAUGUGUAUCUCUUGCUUGGAUAGGCCAUUUUUCAA